UUGCAUUUCGUAAUACAAAAAACUGCCCGGUUGCUAUUACUGUCUCUUGAGUCCUCAGAGUCUUCUUAGUCUCAAGUAAGUCUCCCAUUCCCUCUUCAUUUUCUCGCGUCAUGACUGAGAACAAGGAUAUCCAAAACCCUUCAGUCCACUCCUAUGGUUCUAAUGCCCGGUCUCAGACCUCCACUUCCCAGUCUUCUUCUUUGUCUGAGUGCCCGGCUACUUCUCAACAGGAGAAGUCGGUCGACGCCUCCACUUGUGCCCCUUCUACUUCCGCAGCACAAGUGGUCACGGUAGCCCGGUCCGUGGAUGAGGGCUUUAUUCCGCUGGAUGAUCAGCUGCUCUUGGAGCAGUCGUCCUUCAUGCAGAAAGCUCAAGUCAAUGAGCUGCGCAACCUUAUGCCAGAUGGAUGUCGAGGGACUUCUACUGUCCAGCCUUUCAGCCAGCCAUCCGCCGAUCAACUGCCUCUGAUGGAUGAGCAGUCGGCUCAGUCCCAGCAGGGUACCAGCCAGCCAAUUCACUCCGGGGAAGUUUACAUCAAUGUAGAUACUCUGGAGUUCGAUAACAUGCUGAUGGAGACUGGCCAUACUUUAAAGGCUGGUCAGGGUGGGCAACAUAUGGAGGCAGGCGGCGAAGAAGAGGCCGCCGAGGAGGCCCUGCAAAGGAGGAGGCGGAGGACGAAGUCUGUCGAUCAGUCGGUUUAGUCCUCCGACGUCGGCCAAAGGCAAGGCGAGCCCCGGGCAAUGGUGCUAAUGGCCUGGUCGGACGAAGAGCUCUUCCAAGCUUUCUGCGCUGAUCUGAAUGAAGUAAUCUCCUAAUCUCUCUCAUAUCUUUUCUAAUUUAGUUUUCUAAUCAAUCAGACCGGUCAGACUGCAAGGUCGACCAAGUCAAAGGGCGUUGGAUUUGAUACCUCCCAGUCGGUACGAACCUACCGGGUAGAAUCAAUGGGUUAUUACCCA